AUGUCGGUGCAACGUUCGCGGCAGCUGCUUGCUGAAGUGUAUGCGCAGCUGGUCUCGGACAAGGCGGCGCUCAAGGCGCUUGCUGCGACAAAUCAGCCUCUGCGUGUUUAUGCUCAUGAUCUUGCCGCGCUGACGCAGCAGCCGAACGAGGUGCUUGGCGCGACCGACGCCGAUGUCAAAGAGACGGACCGAUGGCUCGACGAGGUCGAGGGGAUGAACGGCAGCCUGGAGAAGCUGGAUAAAGAGCUUUCGCUGCGCACAUUUUUGAGCGGAAACCGGGUGACUGCGGCGGACUACUCGUUGUUUGCAUCGUUGUACGACGUAGUGUCGACGCUUCCACCGGGUGCGCAGCACGCCCAUCCUUCGCUUGCGCGCUACUUUUCGCAUAUGUCGCAUCUUGCUGCAGGCGCACAGCUUGAUCCGCCUGUGGUCCCGUUUGAGCCUGCGUUUGAGGGGUUUCCCAAGAUUGCGCGCGGUGCAGGCAAGGAGAAGAAGAGCAAAGGCGAAGGCCAGCCCAGCGAAACGCAGCCGGAGGCUGCUGCGGGCAAGCAGAAGAAAGCCAAGGCAGACAAGGGCGGCAAGGGCGGCAAAGGUGCUGCAGUGCCCGUGCCGGACGCGGGACCGCAGCCCAGCAUGGUCGAUAUGCGUGUGGGCCGCAUUGUCGACAUUGGCAAGCAUCCCGAUGCGGACGCCUUGUACCUCGAAAAGGUCGACUUUGGCGAGCCCGAGGGGCCACGCACGAUCCUCUCUGGCUUGGUCAACUUUGUGCCGAUUGACGAAAUGCGCGACCGCAUGGUCGUGGGUAUCUGCAACCUCAAGCCCGUAGCGAUGCGCGGUAUUAAGAGCUACGGAAUGCUCCUGUGCGCGACUAGCAAAGACGGCAAGGAGGGCGGAAUUGAUCCCGUGUCUCCGCCAGAGGGCAGCGUGCCUGGCGACGUGAUUUUUGUCGACGGCUACCAGGGCAUGCAGCCGCUGGAGCAAAUGAACCCCAAAAAGAAGGUCUUUGAGGCGAUCCAGCCCGACUAUAUGACUACGGAUACGAAGCAAGCCGCAUGGUACGGCCCACUUCCCGACGCGCCUGACGGCGACAAAGCACCGCUUCUUCUUUGCACCGAGCGCGGCCCGUGCUUUUCGAAAAAGUUUGCCGGCGCAACGCUCUCGUAG